AAAGUACCAAGCUGGCUUCAUUAAGAGAUCUGCUAAGUUCUGCUAGUACCUGCAUCUCUCGGUACGUGGUAUAAAUCCAGUAACAAAUCUGUUAGGUUUCUCAUACAUGGUAUCGACAUAGAGCUUCAGCUGUUCACUCCUUUCUGAAGAAUUCGUAUGGCACCCAAAAAUAGGAAGACCAAUAUUAAUGUACUCGAUACAGAGCUACUCAACCAACUCGCUGAAUUAAAUAUUGAAUGUUUGCCGUUUUUCUACAAAUUUGACCGUACUGAAGUCCAAUUGCAGGACACUGAGAACCUUAUCAAUGCUCUAAUACUGCAAGACAUAGAUCUAGCUCUUCUUGAGAGUACUGACUGUAAACAAGGUGAUGACAUCAUACUAAGGCCUGUCAACAAACACGUCUAUGGUAAUGUAGAAGACAGAGAAGGCAAUGGCCGUACAGCCUCUGCACGUGGCCAUGACGAUCCAAUUGCCGAAGAAAGCGAUGGCCAUUCAGCCUGUGGCCAUGACAAUCCAAUUGAUGAAGAAGGCAAUGCCUGUGACUGUGAGGAUCCAAUUGACGAAGAAAGUGAUGGCCAUUCGACCUGUAGCCAUGACGAUCCAAUUGACAAAGAAAGCGAUGCCCAUUCGGCGCGUGGCCAUGGCGAUCCAAUUGUCGAAGAAAGCGACGGCCAUUCAGCCUGUGACGAAGAAAGCGAUGCCCAUUCAGCCUGUGGCCAUGACGAUCCAAUUGACAAAGAAAGCGAUGCCCAUUCGGCGCGUGGCCAUGGCGAUCCAAUUGUCGAAGAAAGCGACGGCCAUUCAGCCUGUGACGAAGAAAGCGAUGCCCAUUCAGCCUGUGGCCAUGACGAUCCAAUUGACAAAGAAAGCGAUGCCCAUUCGGCGCGUGGCCAUGGCGAUCCAAUUGUCGAAGAAAGCGACGGCCAUUCAGCCUGUGACGAAGAAAGCGAUGCCCAUUCAGCCUGUGGCCAUGACGAUCCAAUUGACAAAGAAGGCAAUGGCAAUUCAGCCUGUGGCCGUGACGAUCCAAUUGACGAAAAAGGGGAUGGCAAUUCAGUCUGUGGCCAUGACAAUCCAAUUGACGAUGAAGAAAGCGAUGGCCAUUCAGUCUGUGGUCAUGACGAACCAAUUGACAAAGAAAGCAAUAGCCAUUCAGCCUGCGGCCAUAACGAUCCAAUUGACAAAGAAGGCGAUGGCCAUUCAGCCUGUGGCCAUUCAGCCUAUGGCCAUGAUGAUCCAAUUGACGAAGAAAGCGAUGGCCAUGAUCGAGAAGGCCCACCUUCAUCUGUACUAAGUACUAUAUCACUAGCUGACGACAAGGACAUGACUCACUUUACAGAAAGUAAGCCUCUGGCACAACGAAGCAUGCCCGAACCUGCAAAGAAGCUAGUACCCACUCCCGAAUCAUCGUUUCAAUAUGGUAUAACAAACCACCGGCAAAAGCUAUUUCUAUGGAUAGUGUCAGUUCUAUGUAUGGGGCUAAUAGGUUUAGGUCUACUGAUCCUCAUUAACACCGUGUUAUCCUCCCAAGCGCUGUCUAAUCGUACCAAUUCUACCCAUACCCGUGAAGUCUUCUUUACCAAUACCAGUGAAAUCUUCUCUACCAAUACCCGUGAAGUCUUCUUUACCAAUACCAGUGAAGUCUUUUUUACCAAUACCCGUGAAGUCGGAUUCGUUUCGUUCUUAAGUGGAUUUAUUUCGUUUUUGAGUGGAAAUUUCUCCAAGAAAUGCGGUUGCCGGUACACCAACUCCACACACUCAUACAAUAUCUGCUUUCUCGACGACGAGCCAAAACACACCAAAAUUCCCCCUCUUCAAGUGCAAAGUUACGCUCCAGAGACAUGCCCAAUUGAGGCACCUGAUGAACUGAUUUGUACAGCUGAUGAGCAUACCCUAAAACACCUUUAUCAAGCUCUUGUUUGUAAUGCCCUCAAUGCUACCGAACCCAUGAACUCUUCUCGGAGACUCACUGCUGAUAGGUUGGUCGUUACUAACUUUGUAGUGCAGACAUCUUUGGUAAUGGCCGCCAAUGUAUCGUCUGCGUUUCUGCAAGCAACUGAGAUGCCGUACUUUAGGGCAGACUGGAGCUUUAAGGAUGCUGCUACUACUAAACAGCUCGGACAAACCCUGUCACUCCUCCCUCCAUUGACAAGGAAGCGAAAACGAUCCAACUCAGCAAAGGACAAAUCAGCCAGUAAAAAGAAAUCAGAGAGUUGUACUUGUAUGGGAGGAAAAAGACGUACCGGAAUGUGUUUCUUUAUUACUGUAGAGAAUUUGGAAAGACGUACAGAAACUUAUUCGAAAAAACGUUGUAAUUGGUUGCCUUCUGUUUGCAAAUUACCCGUGUUUCCUAUUGUGUUCGUUUGUUUCUUUAGCUGUAUCAGCAGAUCCUCUGCAGACCAAGGACCUCACAAGGAACUAGACGAAACAUGUAACUCACUGUUUUACAUUCUUGUAGUACUAGUACAUUUAACUCUGGUUGCUGUGACACUAUUAACUGUAAUGCUGGUGGUCUGGAAACUCCACGCUGCUAAAUCUAAACCCUCACCUUUCCAAAGACACAAUUGUAGUGGUGCUACGAACAUAAUGUCGGGAAACAUGGAUGACUCAGUCUCUUGCCAACCACUCGGCAAUGACUCACCUCUGUCCAAGCCUCAGCAUAAAACUGUGUGUACUGAAUCAGCGGGACGUGAGCACACAUUGUCGUCUGAAGACUCAGUUUCUCUAUUUGAAAAUAGCUCAGUCAAAGAACAUUCUCCUAUGAUAUUGGCAGAAACUGAACCUCCGGAUUUACCUCAAAGGAAUCCAAAUACACCUUUCUUUGAGCACAGUGAUGACCCCCCAUACACUCCGGACCCCUCACAAACUUCAGAAGAUGAUGACCAAUCUGGAUCAGCACCUAACCCAAUUAGCGGGCACUCUUCCGAUUACCCUGAGGCUGACCAACAGCAGUCAACAAUUAACACUCCAAAAGCAUCGAAUGACCUCGAUUCCACCAGUCAUCUCUCGCCUAAAGUAUCCCCUCCUCCCCGAAAGUCAAGUGUGGUUAAUCCUGAAGAACCUAAUUCUAGUGAAUUUGAAACUUCUGAUCAUUUCAAACCCCCUCGAAAUCGAAAUUUCACAAAUGGAAUUGUGACACUUCCUUUCAGCCAUCCCAUCCAUCCCACUGUUGCUGUACCUAUCCCUAAGGUGCAGCAAAGGGUCCACAAUGCGGGACCACACGCACAUGGCGACAUUCAAGCAACCACGACUGGUAAUGACCCCAAACCACCAUUAUUAAAGUUUGAAUUUAAGCAACAAAAAUCAGAUACUUUUUUGAAGCCCCCUCCACCUGAAGUAGACACGAAGAAACAUAAUAAAGGCACAACAAAACUCUCCUGUAAACAGUGUGGGGAGGAUGUGGUGGGUGGCUCAGAUUGCGUGAAUUCACACAAGCAGGCUUUCGUUAAAAGCAAUGAUGUACAAGGUUCUGAGGAGAACAGUCACGCAGCUCGAAUUGAUGUUCCAGUAUCGUUAACGCAAGCUGACAAUUGCAAGCAUCCACCUGAUUCAGCGUUCGUACGUAACAAUGGCAGGUCAGCAAAGAACACUCAACCCACUACUUUAGCCAACCCUCCAAUUGCUUAUAAUGGACUCACCACCUCAGAACCUUCUGGUGAAACUAUUUCUAAGCAAUGUGUUGAUCCACCUCUGACAAGAAAAGACGCACUCGAAGGAGGUGGAGCUCAAGCUGAAACUAGUGAACAUACACCACCUGUUUCUAAACCAGACAGACUAGACCACUCGGUCAAAUCGUCAGCGAACGAUGAUUGUGGUAAUGUGUUAUCUCCUCUCCAAACUGUUGCGCUCCUUGAUACUGAACAAGAGUUAGACCACCCUCCCCUACAGUAUGUUCCUGGAGUUGGAUUGGCGGAGGCCAACACUCCACAAACUACAGUAGCUAGUGAACUGCAAACACUGAACAAUACUGCUUCACCCGAAACGGAUUUGUCAAAUGAAGUUGCACCUACUGUCACCCAUCCAACUAGUCAGCUGGUUUUACAAUCACCUAGCAGUUGUUCACAGGCUCUAAUGCCACCGUUAAGCCAUUCGCCUCAACCCAAUAUCUUGCCGACGAACAACCUAGCUGAUGAUCGACCUCUCAGAGUAGCUCGGCCGAGUUGUAUCUUAGUACAGCAUACUCCCUCGGUUUCGAUAGUACCUCCACCGUGUGCUAUUAUAAGGAUACUGACUGCCUUGAUCCACAAUUGCUCUGCUCAAGCUAGACCUCUCUAUUUACCAGCCCACGCAUCACGAACUCUAAUGACAUCAUUAAGUCAUUUACUUCACCCCAAUAUCUUUCUGCCGGCUAAUAAUCGACCUCGCUCUCAAAACAAUCCUGGCUGUAUCUUAAUACAGCAAGCCACUGAUAGUCGCUCGAUUUCGAUAGUACCUCCGCCGUGUGCUAUUAUAAGAAUACUGAUUGCCUUGAUCCACAAUUGCUUUGCUCAAGCUGGACCUCUCUAUUUACCACCUCAUGCAAGUCAUCUACCCAUUUCUAUUGAAGAGACACACAUCGCUAACUCUACCAAGCUGUUGGUUCGGCGUCGAUCCUACUCGUGCCGGCAAACACUAUACCGAAGGGAAAGGGUUGUAGAUAGAAGUGGAGUGUCAAGCAAUUGUGUGGCUAAACCCAUUCCAACUGAAGAGACAGACAUCGCUAACCCUACCAAGCUGUUGGUUCGACGUCGAUCCUACUCUGGCCCGCAAGUGUUGUACCGUAGGGAAAGGGUUGUAGAUGGAGGUGGAGUGUCAAGCAAUUAUGUGGCUACUGGAUGUGCAAGUAUCAGUAUGCACGGUACACUGUUAGUUUGUGAAGAGACCGAUCAGUCGCACGGACAAAUAAUAGUUGCCGUUGGUAACGAUGAAGUAACACUAUGCGAACCUCUACAUGGAGCCAAUGAACAAGCUCAAUUCUCACAGAAUGUCCAUACUCACGUGCACUCACACUCUAUUUUUGGAGUCAGCCAUAACAUCGGUGGGAAUUUCUCUAGCUUUAACACUCUCACAGAGCAGCAGCAGCUGGGAGAGGUGGAGCUUGCCCCACCACCAUCUGCUGAAGUAGAGGGAAAUGAACACCCACCGCCAGAAGACUCUAAUGUUGUUAUGACUGAGUACAAUGAUAACACAUUGUUUCACGGUCUUCGCCCAAGAUACACUCGAGCGUACAGAGACCACACUCCACAUUAACUGUAUAACUAACAUUGUACGUACUGCAAAGCACCAGCUGCGAGGACAUACAACAUAAUUAGUAAAUUUUCUACCCUUUUAAUUUGGCUAGUUUGUACGUUUGUAUAUUUUGUAACCCCAAGCGCCAAAGGAUUUGUAUCAUUUAUACAUGUAGUUAUAUAUUAUUAUCGUAUCAUUUCUACCCAAUAUUUUUUGGCCCAACGAAAUGUGGUGCAAGAAAUAGGUAAUAGUUUGGUACCAUCAUGGCUAAAUAUUUCUGUCAUCACUAUAAUAAUUAUUAUUUCUGUCACAUCGCUAUUGUCAUCGCUAUUGUUAACGUUAUC